CUUUCACGUGGCAUAUUACUGUUUACAUACUGUAAAUGUCCUGCUCAUUCAAAUUUUAGAUUCUGUUGACUUUAAGGAGCCUGUUUCAGCAGCCCUCUGCCACCAUGCGCUGCCCUGAUCGUGCAAUGUGGCGCGAAAUAUGAGCUCGGGACUCGACCUCCAAGUGUCAGUCAGCGAGCGGCCUCCCUGUGUGUGCCUAACCCAUUUGCUCUCCGCGCUCUAGGGUAGAAUUCCGAGUCCGAAAAGUUGUGGCGUGUCGAUUCCUCACCCCAUAUAGGCCUAGUAGCUGCUACUUAUCCCACGUACUUUUUCACAGCCUCAAGUAUAGUUCGCAAAGGCGUUCUCAUGCGAACUGUUGUUCCUAAACGGCUGUUGAAUGUUUGCCACAGAGGGGAUCAAUCGGGAAUGGUUGCCCAGCUUACUGCCACCUCACUACCUCCCUAGCCCAUGGGGUUGCAACACCAUACCUUAUCAAGGUUACAAUCUAAUAUGCCUUGCCAGCUGAUGAAAGCUAGGUGCACUGCCCCAAAUUAUGAUGGUCGCUCAUAUAACAAUUCAUGUAAGGAACUUCGCAGUACUGUUUCCAUUAGUGUUGUGUUGCUCUGUAUUGCCCUUCCCACGGCGAGUACCAGAUACCUAUGGUAUAACUGGUAUCGCGCAAUAUUCAGUUACAUGUUGAUAUAUGCUUAGGUAGGGGUAAGAAUAUUCCUUGAGUGGGAUGGAUCCCCUUACUAUCUUGUCCGUGGCAGCAGCUGUUGCACAAUUUCUGGAUUUUGCUAGUGGGAUUAUUGUCAAUACUAAGGAAGCGUACGAAUCGUCCGUGGGCCAGAGUCAAAAUGAUAUCGAGCUUUCAAAAAUCGCCCGCGAUCUCUCCUCGCUCACUCACAACUUAUCGUCGAAAAUGUCAAAGCUGAUGCAAGACGAUAACUCCGAGAAUGCCGUACUUGAAGUUGAAAGGGAAGCAAUCGACAUUCUACUUCGACUUUGCCGCGAGUCGAAGGCUAUCAACAAAGAGAUACAAGCCAUACUUACAAAACUACGAGUCCAAGGCACGACAAAAAUACGGCUAGCCGCCGAGAGCUUUGUAGUAGCCCUGAGACGAGUGUGGUCAGCAGAUAAGAUUCAACAUUUAGAACAUCGCCUCGAUGAAAAUAGAAAGCAAAUCACGAUGGCAAUGCUCGUGGUCUCAUGGGGACAAGCCGAGAAUGAUCGCAUCACAAUGAAACAAUUCGCAGAGGAUAGAAGGUUUCUGAUUGAUCAACUCAAGAAUAUUGAUGACAUCACUCGGAGUUAUGGCCAGCAGAUCUUACAACUAAUUCGACCUCAGACAGAAAGCAAGCAGCAAGAAGCUCGAGAGAUUCUUGCUUACGCGAUUGAUUCACGAUGGGUCCCGAGCUCUUUCAUGACGACGGAAACGGAGGAAAUGGAGGAACUUGAGAAAUCUGACCAUAUAGCAAUCCGAAUGCGUGAAGAAAGAAUCGCUGAGAUGAUCAUGAACAGCCUCUCAUUUGAGACUAUCGAUCAUAGGGAAAGCACGGUGCCUAAGGCCUAUUCGGACACGUUUGAGUGGGUGUUUGGGAAUCCACAAACUGGAUCGGACGGGACGCCUCGCUGGUCUGACCUUCGAGAAUGGGCUACUGGGCAAUCUAAAUUGAUUUACUGGAUAUCCGGAAAAGCUGGCGCGGGCAAGUCCACUCUUACCAAGUUCCUUGCGGGCGACAAGAGGCUCGAGGAUUACCUGCAACAGUGGUCGAAUCCAUGCGAGCUUCUCCUAGCUACCUACUAUUCGUGGAAUGCUGGAAACAAGCUACAGAAGUCUCAUCAAGGUCUAUUCCGUGCAAUACUUCAUCAAUGCCUCAAGCGAUUCCCACGUCAGCUUGUCCCCAAAGUUUUCCCCAACCGCUGGGCAUUGGUCCAGCUAUUCUCACCUGACACGCCCGUGGCUCUUCCAGAUUGGAGACCGUGGGAGCUUCUUGCUGGCUUCCGUGCGCUCCUCUCUUUAGCGGACCAGGGGCCACUCGAUGGAGGUCUUUCAAUCAAAGUGGCAUUGGUCAUCGACGGUCUCGACGAAUUUGACGACGAUGAAGAUCACGUAUCGCUCGUGGAACUUCUCCAAGAGGCAGCUACAUACAACAAUGUCAAACUGUGCGCCAGUAGCAGACCGUGGAACGUUUUUCGCGAUGCAUUUAAUCAGAACCCGAUGCUACAACUGGAAAAACUCACACACACGGAUAUCAAACGUUACGUUCAUGGUCAAUUCCGGAAGAGCCCGGGGUUUUCCGAAAUGAAGCAUCUACACCCCGUACAGGCCAAGAAGCUCCUAAGUGACAUCGUGCAGAAGGCACAAGGUGUCUUCCUGUGGGUUUCGGUAGUAGUUCGCAGUCUUUUGUUGAGCUUUCAAGAAGGGGACAAACUAUCCGACGUACAGGCUACCCUCGAUAGUCUUCCAGAAGAUUUAGACAGGUUAUUUCUCGCGAUAUGGAGACGGACGAACCCUAUAAAUAACGUUGAAGGUGCCCAUUACUUCUUGCUCUUAGAUGUUUGUCAAGAGCAUGAUCUAGUUCCUUACGCCUCAACUAUCUUCUGGGGAGACGAUGAUGCGCCAACUGAUCUCGAGACAGCAAUUGAAGAUGAUUCGUUUGUGGCCUGCGCUAUAUCUUCCUUGUCAAGAAGACUGAACAGUCGGACUCGAGGGCUUUUGGAGAUCUACGGCAUGGCUGAUACCUGGAGCAGCCGAGUCGACUACAUGCACAGAACAGUUAAGGAGUGGGUCAGGGAUAAUUGGGAUAUGAUUACAUCGUCUGCAAAACUAGAUUUUGACGCUCAUUUUUGGGUCCUCAAAGGCGAAGUGCUCCGAAUGGCCAUGCUUGGUAACGUAAAUAUCGAGUUGUCGCAAGACACGGUCUGCCACCAUCUACAAAAACUGUUCACGAUCGCUGCAAGGGCGGACAGUCAUCUGCAAAACACGGAAAUGCUCGUCCAGGUUCUCAAUAAGCUUGAUUCAACAUUGAUGAAACCACUCAAGCUAGGCAGUGCGCAGUCUCAUACGCCCUCCAACCACACAAAAAAGACAGUCACCCACUGGUCCAACCAUCUGCAUAGUUACAAGGCUUGGAUGCCAAUACGAAGAUUAUGUUCCAAAGGCUGGAGAAAACACGACUUCCUUAGGCUUAUGGCCCAGCUGCCAAUACCACAAUACGUACAGUACACGCUAGGUCAAAACGCGAGCGCGUCUAAACCAGAGCCCGAGAUGGUACCACUAUUAGUGAGCGCUGUCAUAGGUGGCUGUCAAGAAAACCCUGAAACCUGGCAUCCUCGAACACGGAGCGAGUCGGAACGCCUCGACUUCGUCAAAUUCACUCUUCAGCAUGUUUCUUUCAAAGAAGUGCAGGAGACGCUAGUUUUCUUGCACAACGAUUCCUUCUUCUGCAGGAGCUGGGAUGCUGAAUUUAUUGCUGCCACCAGAGAUAUUCUCAAUGCAUAUUUGUGCGCCAAGGGAUUACCCUUACUCGAUUUUUUGAGCUGCCCAGAUUCUGCGGGAAAUGAGUCGGACGCUGUGGAAAUUCAGACGGCGCCUGGAUCGACUACCACGACGUUAGUCGCACCGGCCCAGAAACCAAAACAUCACAGGAAAUCUAUAGGGAGGUGGGCAAAGGCACUGUUUCGAAGGAGUAUGAGUACGUGAAGCUACUGUGCGGCGGUUAUUUUAUGUCCCCUACAAAUGCGAUACGUUGGCAUGAGGCAUAGCGUAUACGAAUACCCAUUGUGAUGACUAUCGAACUAAUAAUUCUAUCCCUCCUAUAGCAAUGAUAUAGGUAUGCCUAAUCAUCCUGUAACUAUGACACUACCCAAUCUUGUGUUCCGCCGGCAUAGACUUCUGAAUCUGAUGGAGAUUCUUGACUUUAC